GUAUGGCUGAAAUUAUUUUUAUGACUGCAGGGUCCUGUUUCAAUCACUGGCGUCAGGCAGGCGCACGACACGAACUCAAAAGUAUUUCACCUUCUGCAUAUCGCCGUAAAUAUUGCGAACAACAUAACUAGGCUACAACUUUUUGAGUUUUAAUUUGCCACCAACCUAAUAGAAGUUUACGGUUCUAGUAUCCUUCACUUGUGACUUUGAGAAGGUGUCUCUGUUGGACCUGUAGGACCUAGGUUACAGUCAUUUUUUUUCGCUCAGCUUAUGGCGGAGCUGAAGUUUUCUAACUUGUCGUGAGCCCUGAGAGCACUAGUGUUUGCUGAUGGAGCACCUCCAGGGAGCGUGGAAGACCCUGAGCAACGGCUUUGGAAUGAAGGACUCUGUGUUCGAGGGCCCCUGCCUCUCCCCCACCAUGGUUCAGGGCUUUCCCUACCAGCGCCGCUCCUCAGACGACAGCAAGAUCCCCGACUCUAAGACCAGCAGCACCAUCCGAGUCUACCUCCCCAACCAGCAGCGCACUGUGGUGAACGUGAGGCCAGGUAUGACCCUGCACAGCUGUCUGAUCAAAGCGCUGAAGGUGCGGGGUCUGCAGCCGGAGUGCUGUGCUGUCUUCAGACUGCACCCAGGACAGAGGAGUAAAAAGUCACGUAUGGAUUGGAAUACCGACUCUACCUCACUAAUUGGGGAAGAACUGCUGGUGGAAGUGUUAGAUCAUGUCCCCUUGACGACGCACAACUUUGUUCGGAAAACAUUUCUUAAGUUGGCCUUCUGCGAUAUAUGCCAGAAGUUCCUUUUGAACGGCUUCCGUUGCCAAACAUGCGGCUACAAAUUCCAUGAGCAUUGCAGCACCAAAGUGCCCACGAUGUGUGUGGAUUGGAGCAACAUCAGACAGCUCCUGUUGUUCCCUACACCAGGUGAAAGUGGGGGUCCAUCUCUUCCUCAUCUUACAUCUCGACGAAUGAGAGAAUCACUAUCCCGAUUCCCUAGCAGCUCUCUGCACCGCUACUCAACCCCUCACGCCUUCAACUACACGGCCCCCUACCCACCCACAGGGAUCACUCUGUCCCAGAGGCAGCGAUCCACCUCCACGCCCAACGUCCACAUGGUCAGCACCACCCUGCCUGUCGACAGCAGCAUGAUUGAGCUAGAUUGCCUGAAUGCCUAUCCUAGCUCCUGGUGCAGGCGCUUCUGGCUGAAGAGGAGAGUAGGUAUUGUGCGCUUCUCCAACUCUAUUCUUGAGGCGACUUCAGAGAGCCCAGCCAAGGAGGCAAUGCGUAAUCACGAAGCAAUGCGUAAUCAUGACUCCGACGGGAGUUCCCCCAGCCAGAGUCCCACAAGCUGGUCACAGUCUAAAACCCCAGCGCCAGACAGACGAGAACGGGCUCCGUCGUUCAACACUCAAGAGAAACACAAAAUUCGUCCGAGGGACAAGCGAGACUCUAGUUACUACUGGGAGAUCGAGGCCAGUGAAGUGGUGCUGCACUCCCGUAUCGGCUCAGGCUCCUUCGGAACGGUGUACAAAGGGAAAUGGCACGGUGACGUAGCAGUGAAGAUCCUAAAGGUGAUUGACCCCACACCGGAACAGUUCCAGGCCUUUAGAAACGAGGUGGCUGUGCUAAGGAAAACACGACACGUCAACAUCCUAUUGUUCAUGGGCUACAUGACGAAGGACAACCUGGCCAUCGUGACACAGUGGUGUGAAGGCAGCAGCCUCUAUAAACACCUCCACGUCCAGGAGACCAACUUACAGAUGUUCCAGCUCAUAGACAUCGCCAGGCAGACAGCUCAGGGCAUGGACUAUUUGCACGCUAAAAACAUCAUCCACCGGGACAUGAAAUCAAACAAUAUCUUCCUACACGAGGGCCUGACGGUGAAGAUUGGCGACUUUGGUCUGGCCACAGUCAAAGCCAGGUGGAGUGGUUCUCACCAGGUGGAGCAACCUUCAGGGUCCAUACUGUGGAUGGCUCCAGAGGUUAUACGGAUGCAGGACAAUAUGCCCUAUAGUUUCCAGUCUGACGUAUACUCUUACGGUGUUGUCCUCUAUGAGCUGAUGACAGGAGAGCUGCCAUACUCACAGAUAGCCAACAGAGACCAGAUCAUCUUCAUGGUGGGUCGGGGGUACCUGUCUCCAGACCUCAGUAAGCUUUAUAAGAGCUGCCCCAAAGCCAUGAAGAGGCUGGUGGCUGACUGCAUUAAGAAAAUCAAAGACGAGAGGCCUCUGUUUCCCCAGAUCCUGUCGUCCAUUGAGCUGCUGCAGCACUCCCUGCCUAAGAUCAACCGCAGUGCCUCGGAACCCUCCCUGCACAGAGCCUCCCACACCGAGGACAUCAACGUCUUCACAUCAACCUAUAGCAGGCUGCCUGUGUUCUAGAAUUACAGCACCCAACAUGCCCCUCCUACAUGCUCCUGUUCCAAAACAUACACACGUGUGCAUGAGCGCGCACACACGCAGACACACACACGCACCCAGACACACACACACGCUCGCUCACACACACACGCUCACACACAGACAGAAUAUCACCGGCAAAGAGGAAGAGGACUGACUGGGAGGAAAGGUGACAGUGAAUGGGAUCAAUAUGGUAUUUCAGUCACUGACUGAGUUGUGCCAGUGAUGGUUUCGGUGUAGAGAGCAGAGAAAGACUACCCAUUGGUUUGGAGAAGAUGAUUGGCAGUGAAGGAAAUGAAUGCCCAUUUCUAGGUUUAGUCAGAGGCCUACUUUUCCCCAUGGCUAAUAUGGGUGCAACGGACAGAGUGGCAAUGCAGUUAGUGAAAUAUGUGAAAGAAAGCACACCUACCUACCUGGGGACAGUGAGGCAGCACCCUCUGUGGGUCGGGAAUGCAUCCGGUUUUCAGGGGAAAUGGAAAGAGCGCCUGUGACACGACUUCUGCUUCCACUUUGUUUUGCUGGGCAGGUGGUCAAAAUGGUUAGAGCGUUGCGCCAGUAACCAAAGGUUUGCCUGAUUGAAUCCCAGAGUUGAAAAGGUGAAAAAUCCCUGUGUGCCAUUGAUGAUAAAUGUAAUGUAACGCUUUUGGACGUUAACAAGGCGACACUCCAUCUUAAAUCUUAACUCGUCCUCCACGUUUAGUGGAUUGGUUCAACAGUGCAGAAGACAACCUCCCCCCGACAGUUAAAAAAAAAUAUAUAUAUAUAUUGUCAGGGCCAGAAAGAAAGAAAUGUUGCUCAGGUGUUUAUUUUACUCCUGCUAUGUUAUAGGUUAGUGAGGUAGAGACAUCGAAGGAACCGCAUGUGAGAGAGCAGUAAAGAAGCUCUCUUAUCUCUGUGCUGUGAAGCACACCUUUCUGUCUUGACUGACAGGGACUGACUGCCUUGGUUUAUUAUGAAGGAUAGUUUCUCUAAGCUGACCUCCCCGAAGAGGAGAUGAAGCCUAGACAAAGACCCUGCACAAACCUCACCCAGGAUGAUUUUUAUAAAACAAAAAACAGUGAGACGCAAUCUGUUGUUUUUGUUUUUUUUAGGAUUAUUUGAUUGUACAUUGUCUUAAAUCCGAUAGAGAUACGAAAUGAUUAUCAGUGUCUUCAUCUUCAUGCUUUUAUUCUUUUUGUUUUGUCUUGUUAUUCUGGAAAAUUAUCGUCUGUCAGUCUGUCACGCAUGUGUGAUUGAGGAAGACAGUUUUAUAUAUUUUUUUUUUGUUGUGCACAUUUGAACUAAAGCGAUGCCUAUUUCUCCGGUCCAUGUGAUUUGUUCAUGGCUUUGCUGAGAGUUCUUAUCAGUAGUUACCUACACAUUUGAAUCAGCCUUCUCUUUGGGUUAACCAUCACCAGCUGGAUAUUAGGCAGUUCUCUUUAAUAUGUAGAAAAAUAUUUGACAUCUAAUUAGCUUUUUUUUGUCUGCCAUGUCUCUUUCAGGAGGUUAAACAUUUUAUUGUAAACGUGGUGAGAAUGUUUAUUCCAGGUUUUAUUUUAAUAAAAUUAAGUUAAACUAAA